AUGUACGUGGCUGUUGUUUUAGUGGUUGGGCGAUUUGUACGAGUCAUCGUUCGCACUCCACUUAACAAUGCAAAGAUCGAAAAUCUACCGAACGCUGACAAUCUUCUUCGACUUUUCCAAGACAUUUAUGUGGUUCGUGAGAAGAGACAUUUCUAUCUGGAGUCGAGACUGUAUGGCAAACUACUGUUCAUUGUACGAUCGCCGGAUACGGUGAUCAGGUGGUCACGUUAUCGUGUGAAGAUGAAGGACGAUUGA